GAGGUUUUUCCCAUCUUUAUAAAAUAGAGUCAUUGAAAUAUUUGAGUCGCAAAAUUCACGAAACGAAAAUGUAUCAGGAAUACCUGAACCAACUGCAGGCUACCAUUGCCCCCAUGGGCUCAGAUGAGCUGAAGGCGCUGCUGAACGACGACACCAAACUGGACGAGAAAGUGGACGAAGUUUUGCAAGUGCUGCGAACGCAGAAGACCAGCGUUUUUGAGGACAAUCGGAGUCGCGCAGAGCGUAAUAUUGAAAAGGAGCCGCAGAUCAUCGAGCUCCGGGGCCGGGUGGCCGAAAUUUCGGAGGAGGGACGCACCAGGUGCUCAUCUGUCCAGGAGAAGCUGUCCCAGCUCAAGGAGAAAACGGGCGGAACGGGUCCCGAGACGGCGCUCGCACUGCUGCAAACUGCCGCCUCCGAGAGCGAGGAGCAGACCGAGGAGAUGGUCAAGAAGUUCAACGACAGCGAUCUCGGGGUGGAGGCCUUCCUCGAGGAGUUCCUCGCCAUCCGUCGCACAAUGCAUUUGCGCCGCCUGAAGGCGGAGAAGAUGCAGGAUCUCAUGAGGAAGCAGCGACAGGGUCCGCUGCCAGCUGCAUCACUGCCCGCGUAUGGAAACGUGGCUUCCGGCGGAUUCUAUCCCUCUGCCGGUGGCUCCGCUCCGUACCCCAUGAUGGGUCCCCUAAUGCCCAUGCCGCCACCCUCCAGACCCUAUUGAGAAGUGAGCUUUAGCAACUGCCCCGGUGUUCGGACCUGCUGCAGAAUCUUCACUUUAAGUACAUAUUGCUUCAGGUUCUCCUACUGAAGACAAUGGUUUAUUGCAAAUCGGAUGGAACUUUCUGCCCUGUUUUAAAAUUAACAUUUGCGUUGCUCGGAGGCAUAUCGUUGCCUGCUUUAAACUAUGAUAUAUAUUGUGUGUCUAUAAGUUAAGCGAAAAUUAACAUUAAUAUAAUAAGACAGUGAAAAGUGCUGGUUAAAAAUACAUAUUUGCAUAAAAUGAAA